GUCGCAGGGCUACACAUACAAACAAUCACAUUCACACAAUUUAGAGUAACCAGUUAACCUCAGCAUGUUUUUGGACUGUGGGAGGAAGCCGGAGUACCCGGAGAAAACCCACGCAUGCACAGGGAGAACAUGCAAACUCCAUGCAGAAAGAUCCCAGGCCCACCUCGGGAUUCAAACCAGGGAUCUUCUUGCUGCAAGGCGAAGUGCUAACCACUUAUGCCACUAUGCUGCACUGAAGCUGUGACUCUUGUAAAUCUUCUCAACUCUAAAACUAAGCCAAUCUUUUUGUUUCUUCAUAUUUAUUCAAUAAUUGUAAGAAAGACAUUGUGAACAGGAACCUGAAGUUGCUUCCAAACUUGGAUGGAUGCUUUGUUAGAAAGUAAUAGUCCACUGAAGGUUGACUGCAGAAAAGCAUCCAGGGAUGCAGAAUCCCUACAACAAAGUGGGCUUCAUGAAACAACAAUGUUCGCACUAUACUGGGAAUGAUAAUUGGUAGAUGUGUAGUGUUGUCAUAGAGUAGAAACACAAGUCAGUAAGGAGUAAAACAUCUGCAAAGCAUAGAAUUAAUGAGCUUGUGGCAUGUUGUCCCGCUAUUUCUGAAGGGCUUGGUGAAGUUGGACAUUCAAAUGUACCUUUAGUUGUACCAGGCAUUAAAAUGAACAAGAAAUUGAAGAAACAAGAAAUGACAUCACAAAUCCGACAAAACUUCCACCAGGACUGUGAGGCCGCCAUUAACCGACAGAUAAACCUGGAGCUGUACGCCUCUUAUGUUUAUCUCUCCAUGGCAUACUAUUUUGAAAGGGACGACAAAUCCCUUCCAAAUUUUGCAAAGUUCUUUCACAAACAGUCCAAAGAGGAGCGUGAGCAUGCAGAGAAGCUGUUGAGUCUGCAGAACAAGCGAGGAGGGAGAAUUUUUCUGCAGGAUAUCAGGAAACCUGAUAGGGAUGAGUGGGGGAGCAGCCUGGAGGCUUUAGAGUGCGCCCUGCAGCUGGAGAAAAGCGUAAACCAAUCCCUGCUGGACCUGCAGAAAAUGGCGACCGAUCACAAUGACCCUCAUAUGUGCGACUUCAUUGAAACACAUUUUCUGGACGAGCAGGUUAAAUCCAUCAAAGAGCUCGCUGACUGGAUCUCAAACCUGCACCGUAUGGGAGCACCGCAGAGUGGCAUGGCCGAGUACCUCUUUGACAAACACACCAUGGCAGGAAAGGGCAGCUAAACUAAGCUCUGACAGCAGCCUGACAUCUCCUGCAGAUGACAACAUAACGCUGCUUUAUUUAUGUUUGUUAGCUGUUUGAAAAAGCCAUAGAUGCUGUAGCUCUCUAAAGUGGACUGCUGCAGAUAUCCCUUAAAGUAAGUCACUAUAUUUCACUCAUUGUUUUAGGGUUUAAGUAAGUGUUUGCUUCUCUUUGAGUAUUAAGUGUGAGUGGAGGCUGGCCUGUACCACUGCAGCAUUUAAGUGCUUUGGAAAGUGUGAAUUGCAGCUUUGAAUAUUUGUAUUUAUCGUAAGAGAAGAGAAAAUAUGUAUCUAUUACAUAAAGUUUUGUUUCUUCUGA